UCGUCACCUAUAAGAGGGUCAAAUACAGAGGGGAAGGGAGACCGGCCAGGCCAGAACCUCCUGGGAGUACUUUGAGAUAAUGUAUGCCAUGCUUGGUGACACCAUCGGUGCCGAGACCACUAGCAGCCCUACCCUAGUAACCAGCAUCCCUAAGGUGAACGUCGCCACGGAAACCACCAAAACCGAGCAGAAGCCCCUUCUCCUUCCCCAUGGCAACCUCAUCACUGCCUGCACUCGGACACUCACCCUUGUCCCCUCCUCCCUCCCACUCCAUACACCAGUUCCCUCCACCCUCCCUCUCUACACCUUUGUCAGACCCCCCACCCCUGUCUGCUCCUCCCUCCCUCUACCCAACCCUUUGGACACACCCUCCCCCAGAAUAGCUAAUAACACAGACCCUGUACAGCCAAACCCCUCCCCUGCUCCGGUCGCACAGCCCCCUGCCUCCUGUCACAUCCCCUCCAACCUCAGCCGCGUGCACCUCCGCAGAAAGAAGCGCGGUCUCUUCUCCUACUCCACCUCCAAGGGCUCCUUCAUUACCUCUCCUCUGGUCCAGCAGCAGAAGCGAGGAGAAAGCACCUCCCUGCUGCAGGAGUCCCUGAGGAGGCAGGAAGGGCAUGCCGAGGAGGAGCAGGUCUGUCGCAGCAGGGCAGAGGCCCAGGGGAGGAGGUCAGAGAGGAGGGAGGUGUGCAUGGCAGAGUCCCUGGGAAGGAUGGCCACAGCUCUGGAGCUGCUCUCCUCCAAACAGGACACAGUCAUUCCCCUGCUGCAGAGACUGGCCGAGAGAGACGGGAAGUGACAGUCAUUGCCCUGCUGCAGGGUUGUCUCUAACUAAACCCUGCCUAUUUUUGCCUUUAUCUUCUUCAAAUUUGAUUUUAAACCUAACAUUAACCACACUACUAAUAUUAUUCCUAACCUUAAAUUAAGGACAAAUAUUAUUUGUUUUUUUGUUUUCAUGAAUGUUUACUUUGUGGCUAUAUAAUCUAGUGGAAACCCUUCUGCAGAGACUAGCUGACGUGACACUGUAAUCGGCAUACUGCAUGACUGGCUGAGAGAGACUGGGAGGCUGACUCGGCAUGCAACUGAAGUGGCAGUCUUUUUCGUUAUAUAUUGCAUGACUUAUGAGCUAAAACACAGUAAACCCCACCUGAUGUCCCAGGUCAAAAUCGAUCCCUGAUUAGAGGGGAAGAAUGAAAAUUAGCAGUGGAACUUGGUUCGAGGUCCAUAUUUGAAUUUGCCUAAUAUAAGCAAAAGGGUUCGGAUGCAGACUCGGAUAAUGUUAAUUAUAAUAUAUAUACAUAUAUAUAUUCACCUUCAUUUAACCAGGUAGGCUAGUUGAGAACAAGUUCUCAUUUGCAACUGCGGCCUGUCCAAGAUGAAGCAAAGCAGUUCGACACAUACAACAACACAGUUACACAUGGAAUAAACAAACAUAGUCAAUAAUAAAGUAGGAAAAUCAUAUACAGCAUGUGCAAAUGAGGUAGGAUAAGAGAGGUAAGGUAAUAAAUAGGCCAUGGUGGCAAAGUAAUUACAAUAUAGCAAUUAAACACUGGAAUGGUAUGAUGUGCAGAGGAUGAAUGUACAAGUUGAGACACGGGUGCAAAGGAGCAAGAUAGUGAGGGAGGUAAAAAAAAAUAUAAAAAAAAGCUAAAAAGCUAGUGUAAAUUCUGUGUUGUAGAAUUUACAAUGGAAUAACAAUUUUGAUUUAAAUGGUUUAUUAAUUAAUGAUUGAUCAUGAUAAUCAAAGUAAUUUACAAUAACAGCAUUUGGUUGCAGCAUUUACUCUUGGGGAAACUGGUGUCGCGAGUGGAAACCACCAUUUAGGCCUACACAGAUGGAUAAGGAUGGUGAAAUAAUGCAACCAGUACCCCAGUGAUGGAGAGGGAUCUCCUUAGAAGAGGCACCUUCAGUGGUCCACAUGAGACAGACUGAAGAAACUGAUCCACGAAUGAGGGGGUGGGAUAUCAGAUAACCAGAUAGUGGUUUCACCUUUCGCUAAGAAAAACAGGAGGGGGAAAGAUGCUGGAGCAUCAUGGGAUGUCUGAGGGCGUUUGUAGGGGCCUUAUUGGUAGUGGUGGGUCUGGGUGCUAUCUUUCUCUCGCUGCAGAAAGCACAUUUUGUAGUGAACUUUAAUAUUUACAAACACAAAACAAUAUACCCUUUUCUGGAAAGGAGCACAUUUUAGAAGUUUAGAAUUCAGAACACAGACAGACGUAGCAGCUAGCCUGGAGAAUGAACAAGACUAUGAAAACAUGGUUUCCACUAAGAUAGCACAGCCACAAAGUCAAAAUUGGCUUUCAUAAAAAUGUAUGAAAACCAAAAUGUGCUUUUUGGUCUUAAUUCAAGGUUAGGGUUAGCCAUAAAGUUAAGUGUUAGGCUUCCCGAGUGGCGCAGUGGCAUAAGGCAUUGCAUCACAACGGGCUGUAUCACAACGGGCCAUGAUCGGGAAUCCAAUAGGGCAACAUAGAAUUGGUCCAGCGUCGUCUGGGUUAGGGGAGGGUUUGGCUGGGGUAGGCCAUCAUUGUAAAUAAGCAUUUGUUCUUAACUGACUUCCCUAGUUAAAUACAUUUUUUUAUAAACAAAUAAGUGUUAUGUUUAAAAUCACAUUUUAAGAAUCUUUAUUUUAGAAAUAGGCGAAGUUUAUGACUUUGGUGUGGUAACUGUGACGACCAGAAAACAUUGUGGGAGAAGCACCAAGCCAAAGAUCUUGGUUGCACGUGUUUGAUGCCAUUACAUUUGCUCCAUUACAGACAUGAGCCUUCCUCCCCUCAGCAGCCUAGAAUAACUAACACAUUGUUCUAUCUGCAGUACCGUUUCUUUGGACAGGCCUGAGAUGCGUUCAGUUCCCUUGAACGUUUUCUACGUUGCGGAACGGUUUGUACUGAACGACACGUUUACCCACAACGUUCUUGAGCAGACUUCGAGGUACGUUUGGUGGGUGUGGCUUGAAGUAUUAAGUGUUUUAAAGGGCAGUGCGGACGGCGUCCCCCAACCAAAUACAGUACAGUAUGACACAAACCCAACCGCGUUCUUCACCUGGUCAUUCAGUCCAGCACCGUUUCCGUUCAAUUGAGCGUUCCAGAACUUAAAACCAUACUGAACGCAAACCUGUUGUUUCAUUUGUUUGAAUGACAAAAGGAAAAGCCAAUCAAACGAACAAGCGGAAUCACCUAUUGCCCAAUCACCUUAUUGGGAAAGGGGACUCUGUCUACCAUUGGCUAUACGAACGACCUGGAUGUAAAACGAGCGAGAAGCGCAUUCUGGGUUAAUGUCUAUGAGAAGCAAUCACACGAGUUCAGCUGCGUAGUUGUUUUCUGGAAUGAACUGGGGGAAAAACGACAUCUAUUGUGCAUAGUGGACUGCAAACAAAACUGUCAAGUUUACAUUUGUAUCUACCGCAAUCAAAAUGAGCACUGAAGCCUUUCGAUUUGCUGAAGUUUUCUCGUACGAAAGCUUGGUACAUGCAAUGGCAGGAGCAGCGGGGAGUGUGACGGCAAUGACCGUUUUCUUCCCACUUGACACUGCAAGACUACGGCUGCAAGUGGAUGAGAAGAGGAAAGCCAGGUCCACUCCUGCCAUUCUGUCAGAGAUUGUCAAGGAAGAAGGGUUGCUGGCGCCCUACAGGGGCUGGCUCCCAGUGAUCUGCAGUCUCUGCUGUUCCAACUUCGUCUACUUCUACUGCUUCCACAGCCUGAGAGCCAGCUGGCUCCGGGGACACAAGUCAACUCCAAGCAGAGACCUGCUAAUGGGCAUUGCUGCAGGUGUAGUGAACGUGCUUGUGACCACUCCGCUGUGGGUGGUCAACACACGACUCAAGCUUCAAGGAGCAAAGUUUCGCAAUGCAGACAUCCGUCCCACUAACUACUCAGGCAUCAUGGAUGCCUUUGUGCAGAUCAUUGAGGACGAAGGGGUGGGGGCCCUGUGGAACGGGACAUUCCCUUCUCUCCUGCUGGUGCUCAACCCAGCUGUCCAGUUCAUGAUCUAUGAAGGCCUGAAGAGGCAGCUGAGAAGCUUGGUUCACAGAGAGCUGUUGUCUCUGGAGAUAUUUCUGAUUGGUGCCGUAGCCAAAGCAGUGGCCACCACAUUCACAUACCCACUACAGACUGUACAGUCCAUCCUGAGGUUUGGUCAACACAAGCAGCACACAGACAGAUCACCAUUGCUGAACAGCCUGAGAAGUGUGAUGUAUCUGCUGAUCAAUAGAGUGAGGAAGUAUGGCAUGCUGGGCCUGUUCAAAGGCCUGGAAGCUAAACUCCUGCAGACCGUCCUGACCGCUGCCCUCAUGUUCCUGCUCUACGAGAAGAUAGCCAGCAGCACCUUCAGUGUCAUGGGAGUGAAGAGGCCUGCUUCCAGCCACUAAGCCUGUCUGACAUCAGACAUCCGAUCCCAUAUUGUUGCCAUAUGUCUCCCCUUGGCCAUAACCCCUCAAUGUUGGCAUGUAUAAAGGGUCUGGGUCGGUAUAAGCAGUGUAGCUAGGGGUAAAUCUUCAACCAUAUUUCUUCCACCUUACAGACAUGCAAGCGUGAAAUGGUUAGGGGCAAAGGGAGGGGAAGGAAUCGAACUGAGACCAGCUGAGACUGUACCAGAGACAUUAGAGAAAGGAUGAAAUGGGAGUCCCAUUGGGCAAUGAAUGUAGGAAUGUAUAAUGCUUCACCCAGUAGACUCACGGUGCAUUCUGGGCGAUUCUGGGACAAGGAGAGCUCUCCUUCAAGGAGUUGAAUGGCAGUUAAUUGGGCGCUAGCUCAAAACCACAAAAUGAACAUGAAUAACCCUUUUCAUAACCUUAGCCUAAUUAUCCUAACCUGCUACGAAAAACCAAAUCUGACGUUAAUUUUUACAAAAGCUUGAUCCCUUCUAGCCAUGGGUGAGCUCUCCUUGUCCCAGGUUUUUUGUCUAUUUUUCUAGAACUGCCAAUUUUGUGGAAGUAGACACCACUUGUUCCUCAGACUCCUGUGGAUUUCAUCGUUCAUCGUCUUUUCAAUGUUCUAAGAUUAAUUUGUGGAUUUAGUUAAGCAGCUAUUUUGUGAUGCAUUGUUGCUCUUGUCAAAUCACUGGGAAAUGUUUUCAUUCUGUCAUUAAUUGGCUCUCUGACAAACGUGUUGAAUAAUUAAGGGAUGUAUUUUAAAUGAAUUUUUGUCCAAUAUGAUGGAUGCAUAAUUCACCAACAUUUCAGAUUCUCAGAAAAGUUGAUAGAAAUAAAAUCUUGCUGCUCAAAUAAA